GGCGGAGUUUGUCGGAAUACGGGUGGGGGAGCAUGACGUGUGCCGCAGCGCCGGUGAGUGCGGGAGAGAGUCAGUAGUGCGCUGGUGUUUAUGGGAAACUGCUGAACUGUAGAUCUGUGUUAUGGACAGGACUAGCGCAGUGUGACGGGAUGUCGAGUCACACGCUGCUGCUUCUGUAUGGGAGUCAGACGGGCACGGCCCAAGACACGGCCGAAAGAAUCGGACGUCAGGCACAGAGGAGGAGGAUCGCAGUCCGAGUGCAAGCUCUGGACACGUACAAUGUGGCGAAUCUGAUAUCGGAGGCUCUUGUGGUGUUUGUUUGCUCCACCACGGGGCAAGGUGACCCUCCAGACAACAUGAAGAACUUCUGGAGGUUUCUGUUCAGGAAGUCAUUACCCUCGGGAUCUCUGUGUCGCCUGGACUACGCAGUGCUCGGCCUUGGUGACUCAUCGUAUCCCAAGUUCAACUUUGUGGCUAAGAAGCUGUAUAAGCGUCUGCUGCAGCUUGGUGCUAAUGCGCUACUUCCUGUUGGCCUGGCGGACGAUCAGCAUGAUCUGGGGCCGGAUGGAGUGAUUGAUCCCUGGUUAAAUUUGUUCUGGCAGAAGGCUCUGGCUCUUUAUCCUCCUCCGGCUGACUUAAGCCCCUUUCGCGACGAAGAUCCACUUCCUCCUCGUUAUGUUUUCCACUUCCUGGAUGAUGCUACGGAGAAGCCACUUGUGAAGCCCAUGCUAGCAGAUGGCCAGACCCCGCCCUCUUCAGCCCGCCCCUUCCCAGCACGAAUGGUGUCCAAUCAGAGAGUAACAGCCUCCGGUCAUUUCCAGGAUGUGAGGCACAUCGAGUUCGACAUCGCAGGCUCAAACAUCCAGUACAGAGCAGGCGAUGUGGUGAUGAUGAGGCCGUGUAAUUCCCCAGAAGACGUGGAGCAAUUUUGCCAGCUACUGAGACUCAACCCUGACAGUUGCUUUGUGCUCACGCCCACAGAUAACAACACAGCUCCUGUCCCUGUGCGUCUCCCUCAGCCGUGCUCCAUCAGGUUCCUGGUGCAGGAGUUUUUGGACAUCGCCGCAGUGCCACGCCGCUCUUUCUUUGAGCUGCUCGCCACAUUCACCACUAACGAACUGGAGCGAGAGAAACUGGCUGAGUUCAGCUCAGCGCAGGGUCAAAACGAGCUGCACACUUACUGCAGCAGACCACGACGUACAGCUCUGGAGGUCCUUGCAGACUUCCCUCAUACAACAGCUGAGCUGAAUGUGAACUAUCUGCUUGAUUUAUUUCCUGAAAUCCAGCCACGCUCGUUCUCCAUAGCAUCCUCUCUCCUGGCACAUCCUGAUCGAAUCCAGAUCUUGGUAGCAGUGGUGAAGUAUAAAACCAGACUUCACAAGCCACGUAAAGGCCUUUGCUCCUCCUGGCUGGCAUCUCUGGCCUCCUCUCAUGGUGAAGCUUGUGUGCCCUUAUGGGUGAAGAAGGGUGGCCUGAAGUUCCCUCAGGACCAUAACAGCCCUGUGAUAAUGGUAGGACCUGGAACAGGAGUUGCUCCAUUCCGAGCUGCCAUACAGGAGAGAAUAGCUGAGGGGAAAACAGCUAACGUCCUGUUCUUCGGCUGCCGCUCUGAGUCCAAAGACUUCUACUGUCGCGAAGAAUGGGAGCAGAAAAUCCAGGCAGGUCACAUGACCCUGUUCACGGCCUUCUCCAGAGACCAGGAGGAUAAAGUGUACGUUCAGCACAGAGUAAAGGAACAAGCCAAACUGCUGUGGGACCUGAUUGUGAACAAGAACGCUUUCUUCUACAUAGCAGGAAACGCCAAGCAGAUGCCCACAGCAGUGUGUGACGCACUGAAGGAGGUUUUUCAGCAGGAGGGAGGUGUGACAGAGAGCCAAGCUCAGGAAAUGCUGGAUUCCAUGGAGAAAACCGGCCGCUUCCAGAGUGAAACCUGGUCCUGAUCAGCGCACGUGUCCGUACAUCUUCUAUUCAGGGCCAACAUGUACAACACUACAAACCAUGAAAAAGAGUCAGGCUUGUCAGUGUUUUAUUGCAGGUGCAGUUUACCUCCUAGGCAGCAGAGGUCUUCAGCUAUUCAAUUCCUGUAACGAAUAUACUCGUUCUUCUAUUAGAAUAUUUAAUGAAAAGUGAAACAAUUUCACAAUGCCUCCUUGAAAUGACCCUAAAUAGCAAUUUUUUUUUUGUGUGUGAGUGUGUAAAACCUUCAAUUCUACCAUCUACACAAUUCUUUGGACUCUAAUAUGUAUUUUUUUUAGUAUUGCUGAUCCAGAAGUAGACAAUGAAAGGACCAAGUUAUGCAAAAUAAGUUGCACUAUUCUGAUGUAACUACACUGAUGUAUGUUAUGAAUAAACCCAAGACUGAAAUGAAAA